AACGGUGAAGCACAUUGCUCACAAUGUUUAUAGGCAGAAUUGCUUGUUAGAAUUAUGAGUCAUGAUUGUUUUCAUUUGUUGUUGAAAUACUUGUGAAAGUGAUUGGAAAUUCAGUUCUUACUAUUACAACAUAACUAAAAGUAAAAAAAAUGGUGUCCAGCACGAAUCUAAUAAACUUGAAUGCAGUUUGUAUUAUUGAAAUACUGAAGCAUAUUAAAAAGAAUUGUGAAAUUAAUGAAAACACUAAUUACACCGAUCUAAUAAACUUUGCGUUGACAUGUGAAUGGUUUCGCGAUGUGUUCUUGGAAUGGAAUUCUUCUCUAUAUGAAAAACUUAAAAUUGAUCAAAACUAUUUAGUGCAGUCAAAAAGUAUUGUCGUAAAUUUUGACAAGCUAUAUAAGCGACUAGAAAAAUUAACUGAAACUGAAAAAGUUGAAUUUUGGAACAUUUACUUGAAGUGCAUUAAAUUUUAUAAACGCUUACAAAAAAUAGAAUUCAGAUAUAAUUCAAAUGAAUAUGAUAAAUAUCAUGGCGAAAUUAUCAAUUUAUUUAUGGAUGCUAUUACAUUUAAAGGCAGAUUAAAGAUACUAAUUAUGAAUAUGGAAGGAUGGUAUCUUCAAAAAUUACCUCAGCUGCGACAAUUAAAACAACUGUCUGUGAAUGUAAAAAUUGAUGCAAAAGAUUUGGUUGAUUAUUGCAAGUUAAAUUCAAAUCUUACUCGAUUGGAUUUAAUGAAGAAAGAGCAUACUGAACAACUCGUCGAGAUAAUAAAGCACUGUAAAAAGUUAAGAGAUCUUACCUUUGUAAUUAAAAAGGAUUUAGUCGAUGCAGAAUAUAUAGAAUUGGUGGAACUUUCUGAUUUAGUAAACUUGCGCAUACUUGGAGUGCAUGAAAGCGGUUCUCUUACUUCACUAUUCAAAGCAUUGGCCGCAAAAAAAUCAAGUCGCCUUGAAAGAUUGGUUAUAGAUACCGCGCCCUUGGAUAUCGUUGAGAUUGCCAAAGCUUGUGAAAUAAAAUCGCUGGAGGAAUUUAGAUGCAGAUUUGUUAAUUUGCCGACUUUUUAUUUAAUCAUAUAUCGUGUCAAAGGCAAUGAUUACGUUAAUUUUACAUUUGAGAGUGAAACAGAUGCCACUGAUCUGGCAUUUCUAGCAGAUUUACCAAAAUUUCAAUCUCUUCGCAUAUAUGGAAGACACAAGCCUGGAACUUUGAAACCACUCUUUAAGAGAAUUGCAGCAAAGGAAAAUCCACAUUUCCAGCGCUUGAAGAUAUUACAACAUAAUGGGAUUCGAACGAUGUUUAAUAAUGAUGAGAUGCAAGAACUUUUGAGAAUCAAAACUCUAGACACUUUGAACUGUGGAUUCGCUGAUGAACGUCCUAUCGAUUUUCCAACACAAUUGCCUGAUCUUUACAUGGUUACUAUAGAAUCACAUGAAAGUUCAGCUCUACGUUCCUUUUUUCAGGCAUUUUGUAAUAAGUUGGAUUGCAAACUUCAAUCCUUGACAAUCACAGGAUUUCCUAUGGAAUUAGAAGACUUGCUGCAAAUUGCUAAAAUUCAAUCAAUAACUAAACUCAAUUGUGGUUUAAGCGAUUUGAAUAGCAUAUGCGAACUAACGCGUCUUUCUCAGCUCGAAUUGCUUACGAUAAAUUCGUCACAAGAACUUAUCGACUUCUCUGAAGCUAUUGUAAAUUUUAUCAAGGCCUCUAAACUAAAUGUCAUCUUACUUAGCAAUAAGAAUGGCAUUGGGUUCCAUCGAAAUGAAAGAGCUUUAACAAUAACAAUGUCGGAGAAAAUGAAUUCUGCAGGUCUAGCACCUUUGGCUAGAGUGCCAAACCUAACAAAUAUUAUCGUCUACGGAGAAAAUCAACACAACUGUCUGACGGGUUUAUUUAGAGAGUUUGCCAAUCACGAGGCUACAGUGCUUCAGGAAUUGUCCUUUAAUUAUGAAAAUCUUCUCAUAAGUCUCGAUGAAGUUACACAAAUUGCGAGGAUCAAAACGUUGCGGUAUUUGAAAUGCGGAUUCUCUGAUCCUCACAGCUUGGAACUCUUGCAACAUUUGCCUCAACUUGAAGCUCUGAGAGUGACAUCUACGCAUCAUUUAAGGGAAAUAGCUAACGAAGUUUUAACAAUUCUUAUGGGUUGUGCAAAUGAAAUAACCAUCUCACGAUCUUUCAGAGAUAUCACAUAUAACAAGCAUCAAAGGAGAUUGACAAUUACAAACAGUUCUUACGAAAAUGAAGUAUUAGAUGCUCAGGAAUACGCAGCACUUUCGCAGUUGCCUCAAAUGAAAUCUUUGCAUAUUGUUGGCAGGCACAAGCUGGGAACAUUUAAAGAUCUUUUUGCAGAGUUAGCGAUGAAUGUAAAUCCAACCCUUCAAGAAAUAAUCUUCAGGAAUAAAGAUAAAUAUCAGAACGAUACUCAAAAGUUGCUUAUUAACAAUGAAGAAACCGAGGAAAUCGUUAAGAUAUCAUCAAUUAAAAGAUUGAAAUGUGGCUUCAGUGAUGCAAAAAGUAUUAAACUUCUUACUAAACUAAUCAACCUGCAAGAGUUAAAUAUAACCAGAUAUCUAGAUGGUUCUCUUGAAGUGUUCCUUCAGGAAUUGUCUUCACUGCAUUCUCCUAAACUUCAAUCUCUGAACUUAUCUGGCAAGUCAUUAAAAUACGAAGAGAUUGCUCAAGUUGCCAAAGUUAAUUCAUUGAAAAGAGUAGAUUGCGCGUUGGGCGAUGGACAAAAUGUUGAACUCUUAGGACAUUUAAAUCAAUUAGAAGAACUUAAUAUAAGAGCAGAUGAGGUUAGCUCUUUAGCAAGAUUAUUUCAGGCAUUGGUUAUUACAGAAUCAAAAACUCUUCAACAUUUAAAGAUUGCUAAUCGAGCUUUACAAUAUGAAGAGAUGCAGCUUGUUUCUCAAAUACAAAAUUUAAAUAAACUGAGCUGCACCUUAAACAGCACAGAGAGCAUAAAACUAUUAAGCAAUUUAACGCAUCUGAAAGAAAUGUCAAUAGAAUUCGAUCAAUGUGAAGUAGAAGAUAUCGAAAUGUUGGCUCAACUAAAAAAUCUAAUUUCCUUAGAUAUUAAGUCUCCAGAAGUUGGAUCUCUCAGAAAUAUUUUGCCUCAACUUAUAAACCUGCAAAGUUUAACAAUAAGCGGAAAUGAUAUAAAUUCAAGUGAAUUUUCUGCGUUGGUAAAUUUGACAAAUCUUGAAGUCCUGGAGAUAAAAUCAUUUUAUAUUGACGAUAAUUAUACAUUUCUGUUAAGUUUAAUGCAAAACUGUCGUCAGCUGAAAUCAAUAGUUUUACAUUAUGCAAGCCGUUUCGUGGGACUCGAUUUUAUGAAGAAUGCUUUGAGAAUUCUCAAAGAAGUGAGAAAUCCCCAAGAACAGGAAGCCCUUAGACUGCAAAUUCCUUAUUUUGGAGGCUUAACACCAGAGCAAAUUGCCAUCUCAGAACCAAACUUGAUUAUCAUAUGCAGAUUUGCAGAGGAACUUGACUGAAUUCUUCGAAGACUUUUUGUCGGAUUUUCUUUAAGUGGUUGCUCUUCAACUUUCCAGCAGAUUAAACAUUAUCCUGUUAAAAUUUAUGAUUGUCCAUGCUUAUACAACCAAUUGAGUAAAUUUUACUGCCGCAAAAGCCUAAAAGUCAGUUAAUUGUUAAUUUUUAUGCCUGAAAAAUGCAAACAAGCGAAUUUUUGUUUCGAUAUUUAUCUUUUGUUGUCUUGUUCUUGUUGUAAUAACUUAUUUGGUCUGGCUUUUGUGCUACGGUUAGCGGCAGUAUUUUAUGUUUAGGUAUACGAGAGAAAGCGAGACUAUAGACCAAGAUGAAGAGAUUGAAAGAUAUCAAGUUAAGUGCUUAAAUUUAGCUUUAUAACAUUUUAAUGGUCCCCGUUCGGUCGGGGUGUAGUAGACCUUGCUUCAAGUUUUAAAAUGUCAUAAAAUUUUCAACAAGUACUUUAACUUGUUCGCAGAACAAGGACGAAGUGAAGAGAAGGGACACUUGGGUUUUCCGAGCUGCUGCAUUGAGUUGAAAAUUUUGAAAAUUGCGCCGUUUGCGAUAAGCGUCGAGCACUUAAAAUGCUUUAUUUCCAUUUUGAGCUACAAAGCAAUUUUAUUAGCUUUAGAAAAUUACAACAAAGUCGCAAGCAAGUCGAAGGCAGCUGCAACACAAAAUUAUGAUGACUUUUUAAUUAAGCAACGAAGUGGCAACAAAACAGUAACAAACAAUAAAAACAACAACGACGAUGGCGAUGGCGAUGGCGAAUUUCGUCGCCAAGUGAAAAGCAAAAUUGUGCAGCUUCUUCUGCUCCGCUGAUGCUGAUGCUCAUAAUGAAGUUGUCGAUGCUGUGAUGAUGUUUUGCUGAGCUGUGCUGUGGUGUGCUGUGCUGGGCCAGACAGUUGCCAUUUGUUGUUUGGCCAGCGUCACGUGAUGCGCAAAUUCACAAAAUGAGAGCUAACCAAGCAGGCCAAGAGCAGAGACAACACCCAAGGCAAACAAUUCAACAACUCGAGAUGCAUAUUCAGUCAGUCACUGCUACAGAAAUAAAGGCUACUCCUGCUACUGCUGCUGCUGCAUUAGAUAAUGCUCCCUGUGCUGUCCUUGAACAGCUGCAAAAUCCUAGAUAUAGCUACGCACAGUUGGCAAUGGCCAGAUUCAAACAAACAUUUGCUGUAAAUAUGUAUAUGAAAAGUCAGCGAAAAGUCAGUUGAACAAUAAAAGCCAAAGCCAAAGCCACCGAGCUGCCAACAUCAUUGGAUUCCCUCCAUCAUCUCCUUUUUUCAUCGUCCAUUUUCGACUGUUAAUGUGGUAGCAAGUCUGUCUCCCGCUGUCAGUCAUUAAUUUUAGUUGAAUUUUCCAGCAGUCUAAGCCACAGCAAAAAGUGGUCAACAAAAGCAAACAGCAAACAUCGAAUGCUAUGGCAUUUCACUCCAAUAAUUAAUGACUAAAUUUUAUUAUAUUAGUUGACAAUAAAACACAAAUAA